AUGGGUGGCCUGGUGGCCUUCGAAUUGUGUGUUCGGUGUUCGGCCACAGCUGGAUUGUUGAGAGACGACGGCAUUAACAUGGGGGCUCUGUCAUGUUCUGGGUGUGGCGUUGCUGCGGAGAAGAAUAUGACUGUAGCAAUAUCACUCUUCAUCAAUCGGGUUUCUGCAGUAGAUGAGAGCAAAGAGGAGAUUUCCCUAGAGGUGUUUCUGCAAGUUUACUGGACAGACAGGAGGAUCCGGAUGGCGGACAACCUCUCCGGGGUGGACCACCUGGAGCUGACCUGGGGCAAGGAGAACGACUUCUGGGUCCCGGACCUCUACAUCCGCCAGCUGAGGGAGAUGAAGGUCCUCUCACUCUUCCAAGACAUGACCUCUGUUCGGCUCUACCGCAACCAGACGAUGAGAGUCAGCAUGGGGGCCACGGUUAUUAUAAAGUGCGAUAUGGACUUCGUAUUGUACCCGCUCGAUGUACAAGAAUGCGCAGUUGAUUUCAGCAGUUGUUUGUUUGGCAAAACGACCCUCCCCUCAGCUUCCCCAGCGACUUCGGUGACGGCUACAGACUCCCCAAGUACGUCGUGUCCUUCGUCACGGAGAAACAAGACCCACAAUGUCUACUACGGUGAAGUGCUUCACGCUAUCAAGGAUUCUUAUCAGUUUGGGUUCUCCGUCUCCACAAGCGACUACUUCCACGGUCCUUUCUUUGUUGAUUCCGCAGGCAACCACUCGACCGCCCGUAUGAAGAUCACAAUGAGCCGAGAGAUCAGGAGUCACCUGUUGGAGACCUACCUGCCCAGCUCUCUGUUUGUCAUCAUGUCCUGGGGAGGGUUCUGCGUCAUCCCGGAAGUGGUUCCUGGCAGGAUGGUCCUCCUAGUCACCACUCUUCUGUCCUUGGUCACCAUGUUUGACACAGUCAGGAACAACUCACCUAGUGCCUUGGAGCUGAAGUGUAUCGAGGUCUGGCUCAUCUCAUGCACACUGUUCGUCUUCUUCGCUUUGCUGGAGUAUUUCAUCGUCCUGUUCGGCAUCCGGUACGACAAGCACUGGCGUCACAAGAAGCGGGACCUCGAGAUGCAGCUGCAGCCACCCAAUCACGUAGCAGCUCCCCCCGACAAGGCCUCCAGGUUAAGGCUCUUCGGCACCAGUAAGGUACAUCCCCAACAUCAUGCACGAUUAGCAAAGAACGGACCCUCGUCGGACCAGCUGCAAGGGGUAGAGUUGUCAGAAUGGCACCCAAACUCUGUCUAUUUAUGUUUGAAUAAAGUUUGGAGUUCGUCCUUAAACCUUUGCCAGGAAAACAAUACUGAGGCCGGCCAAUCAGAAGCGGAGCAGAAGCCACGUCUGCGCGCUGUGACAGAAUACAUUAUCCUGUAUUGCGGCUCUCAGCGCGGCACUCUUGACCAAGUUUCCCUCGCACUCUUCCCUCUCAGCUUCCUCGUGUUCACAGUGGUCUACUGGGUCACAUACCUCAACGAGGCCAAGCGACGCGACGCCGUAUGACCCAGUGUCGCCAAGGUCAUCUACCAUCUAUAGACCGUGCUGGUCAUAAGUCAAACAUUUUAAUGGUGAAACCGUCCAUAGCAAUUAAUCAAAGACAUUGUUCACAAUGUAAGGCCUUAAUUUCAAGGUCACUACUUUUAACCCUUUCAAUCCCAUUUUUAAAAUGUUCCGUCACAAACAUCUAUCUAUAAACUCUCCAAAUGCUUACUAUACCAUUUUCAAAUAUUAUGUUUAUACCAUACAUCUGAUUACUCAGAAAGAAGUAAACUCCGAAAUUAAGACACCUAUUCUAAUUUAAAUUCCUUUUUAGGAUGAUUUUUAAGUUUGAUGUAGGAUGUUAUAACUUUUUAUUUGUUCUUUUAUUUUCUCUUCCAUAUAAAAUAGAAAAAAUAAUGUGAUGGUAAAGAGAUUAAAUAUUUGUUUUUUUAGAAACAUCUAUCUUAUGGGACUCUCAAAGAUCAAAAAUGUCUAUAUGUGUGUAUCCAUGUAAGUUAACAUUGGGCAGUACUUUUGUAUUAUCCGGAGGCCACUAUUUUUUGAAGAGUUUUUGUUACCGG